AUGGCGAUUCUGCAGCACAUUCUGCUCCUCAGCCUCUUCAUUCUGACGCCAAUCGCAACAGGUCAAAAUGGUGAAAGGCCGUUGGUGACCACGAAAUAUGGACAACUACGGGGCGUCACGGUGCCGGUAAAGGAAACAUCAAGAGUCGUGGAUGUGUUUUAUGGAGUCCCUUUUGCAAAACCUCCAGUCGGACCUCUGAGAUUUGCUAACCCAGAACCUGCUGAACCCUGGACCUCUGUUAGAGACGCCUCUGAGUAUCCCCCCAUGUGUGUACAGGUAACACAGUAUAUGACUUUUGAAAGAGAACAGUACCAAUCCUCUAUUGUGCUGCCCCCGGCCUCGGAGGACUGCCUGUACCUGAAUGUGUAUACACCCGCCGACAGACACAAGGAAUCCACAUUACCUGUCAUGGUCUCUAUACCUGGUGGAGGGCUGGUGUUUGGGGCGGCCAGUACAUAUGAUGGCUCUGCACUUAGCGCCUAUGAGAACUUAGUGUUUGUGUCCAUACAGUACAGGCUGGGGAUCCUAGGAUUCUUCAGUACUGGAGAUGACAAGUUACCUGGUAAUUAUGGGCUUCUGGACCAAGUGGCUGCUCUCCGAUGGGUACAGGAAAACAUUGCAAAUUUUGGUGGCGACCCCAAGUCUAUCACUAUAAUUGGCCAAUCUGCUGGUUCGCUCAGUGUCUCCGCUCUUGUGCUCUCUCCCUUAGCCAAAGAUCUGUUCCACCACGCCAUCGCAGAGAGCGGAGCAGUAACAAUGCCAGGACUCGUGGUCAGUAACUCUAAAGAGCUCGUCCCCUAUCAGGAGUUAGUAGCGAACAUAUCGGGCUGUUAUCUCGCCUCCAUAGCCGACUGUCUGAAGAAGAAAUCUGAAGGGGUUUCUUGCUAUGGCCAAAGCAAUGACUAUGUUCUGUCCUCCUCAUAUGCUAUGUCUUUGCAGGGCCUAAUACCCUUUCCUGUGUGUGUGGACGGGGUUUUUCUACCUAAACCAGUGGAGGAGAUCUUGGCUAACAAGGAAGGAAACAAGGUCCCUCUUCUCAUUGGAAUCAAUAAUAUGGAAUUUGGCUACAUACUUCCACUGCUAUAUAAUAUAACUGGGAUAUCAAAUGGAAUGACACGGGAGACUGUAGUGGAGGAGCUCCAGAAUGUUCCUAUGCUGCCCCUGAGUAAUGAAGUAAUUUCUGUGAUGGUUGACAAGUAUAUUGGUGACACCACUGAUCCACUGAAGAUUCGUGACCGCUUCCUGGACAUGUGUGGAGAUGCAGCGUUCGUUGUACAGGCUCUAAAGUUCGCGAAAUACCAUCGAGAUGCGGGGCUCCCCGUCUACUUCUAUGAGUUCCAGCAAGCACCAACCAUCCUGGCUUUAUUUAGACCAAAAUAUGUGAAGUGCGAUCAUGGCGACGAGCUCAUCUCUGUGCUUGGAGGACCCUUCCUGAGGAACGGCGUAUUCUAUGCUGGACCUGCAACCCCUGGAGAGAAGGUCCUGAGCAAGACUGUUAUGAAAUAUUGGGCAAACUUUGCUCGGACUGGGGACCCCAAUAGCCCCGACCUGACAACAUGGCUGCAAUACGGCACAGAAGAACACUAUCUGGGGAUUAAUUUACAGCAGAAAUUAUCUUCAAAACUGAAGGAGGAAGAGUUUGUGUUUUGGACUGAACUCUUUCCAGCAAAAAUCAAGUCCCAGGCAGUGGGUGGAGGUGAUCGCACAGAACUGUAG